GUUCUAUUACACACCAACCACCCUAAAUUCCUGAGAUUCACACCCAUGCCACCCUCCAUCACUCCAUCAGUAGUAGUAGUAGUAGACCAGUAGGGCACAAAAAGCUUGGAUCUUUGUGUUCAUUACAGCUUCAAUUUGCCAAAAAUUGCAGAAUCAUCGAAGCCCCCACUGUCUUUUCGAUCCACCUUUUCUACUUCUCGGAGUGAUCACUGGCCAAUAAAGCCCAAGAACUAAUCUUCAAACAACAUUUGACUUUGUCCCAUAAUCAUUAUUUCUUUUCUCUUCACUUUGGGUUCAAAAGCCAUCUGGGUCUGGAAUCUCUUUGCCCAAAUCAUCAUAAACCCUACCAGCUUUGUUAAAAAAAUUAAAUCUUUGGGUUUUCCUAUUUUCUUUUCUUUGAGAUCAAUUGAGUAAGCAACUUCUGCUCAUUCUUGGUUUUGAAUGCAUACAUAGUUUGCUUGAUCUUUGGGAGAUUUUGCUAUAACUCAACUUUUGCUCAUUCGGUGUGCAUAGACCUCAGCAAUGGAUGCCCUGUGUGCUUCUACCAUGAAGGCUAAUGUACACCAAGUUCCAAAUUCAAGGAAGUUUGGCUGUGGGGAUAGUGGAUUUUGGGGUGAGAAGAUCAGGGGAAGCUUUAAACAUAGAGGCAUUAGUGUUAAUAAAUCCGAGAUCCAUGAGAGAAGUUCUAAGAAAGUUAAGCCUGGAGUUACCUACUCUGUGCUGACUCAGGACAUUAACAAACAAUUCCUGUCAUUUGAGACACAGAAUUUUGAAGAUCAGCCAGAGGCUGACCCAAGAAAUGUAGCCUCCAUCAUCCUGGGCGGUGGUGCUGGGACCCGGCUUUUUCCGCUUACAAGAAACCGAGCUAAACCAGCUGUUCCUAUGGGUGGUUGCUACAGGCUUAUUGAUGUACCAAUGAGCAACUGCAUCAACAGUGGGAUCCGGAAAAUCUUCAUCCUUACCCAAUUUAAUUCCUUCUCCCUCAAUCGCCAUAUUGCAAGAACAUACAGCAUCGGAAAUGGAGUCAAUUUCGGCGAUGGAUUUGUGGAGGUUCUAGCUGCCACACAAACGCCAGGAGAAGCGGGGAAAAGGUGGUUUCAAGGCACUGCUGAUGCAGUAAGGCAAAAUAUAUGGGUGCUUGAGGAUUCUAGGAACAAGAGCGUGGAGCAUAUAUUAAUUUUGUCCGGUGAUCAUCUUUACCGGAUGGACUAUAUGGACUUUGUUCGGAAACAUGUUGAAACUGGUGCUGAUAUCACGGUUUCUUGUGUGCCCAUGGAUGACAGCCGUGCUUCAGAUUAUGGGUUGAUGAAAAUUGAUGCAAACGGGCGUAUUGUACAAUUCGCCGAGAAACUUAAAGGGCCUGCUGUCAAAACAAUGAGAGUUGACACAUCCAUCCUAGGGCUUUCUGAUCAAGAGGCUAAGAAAUACCCUUAUAUUGCGUCCAUGGGUGUAUAUGUUUUUAGAACCCAGGUUCUAUUAGAUCUUCUAACGUCACAACACCCUUCAUGCAAUGAUUUUGGCUCAGAAAUCAUCCCUGCUGCAGUCAAGGACCGUAAUGUCCAAGCAUAUUUGUUUAGUGAUUACUGGGAGGACAUUGGGACAGUUAAGUCUUUCUUUGAUGCGAACUUAGCCCUUACCGAGCAGUCUCCUGUGUUUGACUUCAAUGACCCAAAGUCUCCUUUCUACACCUCACCAAGAUUCUUACCUCCUACGAAGGCUGACAAGUGCAAGAUGGUGGAUGCUAUAAUCUCACAUGGUUGCUUCUUGGGGGAGUGUACUCUUAAACACUCCAUAGUCGGUGUACGGUCACGAUUAGAUAAUGGCGUGGAACUUGAGGAUACAAUGAUGAUGGGUUCAGACUACUAUCAGACAGAGGCAGAGAUUGCUUCUCUAUUAGCUGACGGGAAGGUUCCUAUUGGGAUUGGCGCAAACACCAAAAUUAGAAAUUGCAUCAUUGACAAGAAUGCCAAAAUAGGAAAAGACGUGGUUAUUGCAAACAAGGAUGGAGUUGAUGAAGCAGACAGGGCAGAUGAAGGUUUUUACAUUAGGUCCGGGAUCACGAUCAUUCUGAAGAACGCAACUAUCAAGGAUGGGACCAUCAUUUAAGAAAGCCUCACCUAAAAAGUUCAUUUUUCCUUCUCAAACUAUUCUCAAGACUGUCAUUAGGACUUAGGAGUUAGGGGAUGAUAUAUAAAUAAAUAGAUGUGUAGUCCAACUAUCGAUAUAAGUUAAUCUUUUAGUUGAGACAGAACACAUCCUUCAGUUCAGUUCAAUACUCAAAUGAUAGACAUGUUUGUAUAUAUUUCAUAAACAAAGCGAUAGACCCACAAUUAUUUGUUUCUUUAUUAAUCUGUG